AUGCCUCUUCGAAACAAACCCUACGACCUGUGGGCUAACACCCUCAACUAUCAUGGCGUCCUCACGGCUGGCGCUGCUAUUUCUGAAUCUAUCAAGCGGUUCACGAACAACGGACAGGUCGGUGCCUCGGGUCAAAUGGGUUGUGAGAGCAGUUUCGAAACCCCUAGCGAUUUCUGGAAGCUCCAAUACAUCAAGGGCUGA